AUGCUGACGCCCCUGAAGUCCUUCUUCAGUUUCAUCUCCAGCGUGAACCAGCAGGUGGCGCUCCACCCGUCUGACCUGCCGAGAGAGGACAUCACGAUGGUCUUCAACCCCUCAGACCUGCUUACAAAGAUCUGCAAAGAUGUGUCUGUGAGUUACAAAAGUUCAGACACCUUUACAGACUCAGCUAUCAGCUCCACCCGCAUCAAUGGAGAACGCAAAGAGAAGGUUCUGCAGCGAUGGGAGGGAGGAGACGGAGAGAGCUAUGAUUUGGACAAUGAUGCAGUGAGUCAGUCCAACGGCUGGGAUGCCAGUGACAUGUUCCGUUACAAUGAAGUGAAAUACGGCGUCACAUCCACGUAUGAUUCCAGCCUCUCCAUGUAUACUGUCCCGUUAGUGAAGGACGACUCCGAGGCCUAUCGACAGAGGGAGGAACGCGCCGCCCGCCUGGCCAGGGAGAUCGAAUCAAGCCCCCAGUAUCGCCAUCGUGUCAACCUGGAAAAUGAGGAGGGCAGAAGUGAGGAGGACAAGUACAGCGCUGUGGUGCGUGACGGCAACGAUGGCGAGAAAGGCCGUGAGAGUCCACGGGACAGAGAGCGAGAGAGGAUCAGUCCUGGAGCCAGCAGCAGAGAGGGCAAGUACCCUCCUUUACCUCAACGCCAGAGAAGAAUGCAGCGGGAGGCAGAGCGGGCUGAGAGGGGUCCUGGUGGGCCUCCACCACACAGUCAUCUAAGUGGAGCUUACCGCUCCACCCCUCCAUCGUCCUCUUCCCUCAGACCCCCAUCUGCUGCUGGACCUCAGCCUGGUGCCCCCCCGUCACAGCGAAGCAUCCCUGUGUCAGGUAGAGGUGGAGCCUACGCUGCUCACCACCCACAGGGAAGCGCCCGUCCAGGCCCAGGCUCUGGUCCUAGCAGCUGGUACACACCUGCAGCACCCAGCCCAGCCUCUCAUCCAGCCGGCCCCCCUGCCCCCCACUCACUCCCCCACUGGCUCUCUGACGCUGGCAGACCUGUUCAUGGAGCUCCCUCAGUUCAGCAAAGGUCACAGAUUGAGGAGCGGCAGAAAUGUGGCAAGAAACGCAGGCUCCAGCCCAGUGCUGGCAGCUCCAGUCCUCCUGCAGCAGCAAACCCUCCUGCCGUCCCUGAGGUCACCCAGCCCGGUGCUGCCAAGCCUUCUCCAUCAGAACACCCCGCUUCAGAACCCAAAGCUCAGCCUCCAGCUCCCACUGAGGACCCCUCCAAGGACACAGCAGACACCUCCUCCACCUCCACCACAGCAGCCCUCUCAGACAGGCAGUCUUUCCCAGCCGCCCGUCAGCCAGCCAGGACCCCAGGAGGUGAUGAUGCCAGGUCUGAGACGACGGCAGGCGUGGCACACAGAGUGAAAAAAUCCACCUUAAACCCCAACGCUAAAGAGUUUUACCCGAUCAAAGCUCAGAGGAACAUGUCAAUGCGCUACAAACAUGAUUGGAAUGAUCCACUGUUUUUCAGUCUGUUUUUAAUUGUUUCUGUCUUAGUGUUAAAGCCGUUGAUCUUUUCUGUCUUUCAGCUUCAACAAAUGUACCAGUCCCCCAUGUCUGCAGGCAGCCAGGGAAAACACCGCAGGACCAAAGGCUCAGUAGCGGCUCCACGCUCUGACCACAGCACUUCACCUCCCCCCAUGCUGCCCCCCUACCCCCAUCCCUACCUUCAGUACGACCCCCAGCAGUACGGCCAGCAGCAGCUCAUCCAGCCCAUGACACCCUACCCUGGACAGCUGAUGUACUCCAUGCUGCAGGGUGGAGCCAUGAUGAUAGGUCCCCACCCACAAGCCUUUGGACCACCAGGAGCUCCCUGGUUCCCCACAGCUCAAGGACCUCAGCAGGGCAUCUAUGCUCCACAGCCGUUCUCUCAUCACUCGGGUGCACUUCAUCAGCCACAGCCCCACCAGCCCCCCCCACAGCAUGCUGCACCUGGACAGAAUGCCCAGUCAGACCCACAGCCUCAGUUCUGGUACCACUCAGGUCCCUUGUGGACACCCCCCCCACCCAACAUGCCGCCUUACCCCAUUCAGGGCUACAGCAUCCACAGCCAUCAGGGCAUCCCACCCACUUACCCCCUGGGGCAGAUAGCACAGGUAUGUCUCCAGGGAGCCAUGUCAGGUCCCCCCGGUCAGCCCCAGUUAGUGAUGCUGCAGCCCCCCCAGCCCCCCCAGCCCCCCCAGCACGGACCCCAGCAAGGAGCACACCAACACUUUUACAUGGGACACCCACCAGCGAUGCAGGUACAAACACACCCUGCUUCCUUCCCUUUCCUUCCUCCCUUCCCUCCCUUCCUUCACUUCCUAAAGCCCCCUUUGCCCUCCCAACGUCCAAACUACCCCCCCACCCCACCUGCUGGAUGUGAGGCCCAGAAUCACUGCGACUCGUCAAAAGAAAUUCCAGCAUAAUGACAGGAGGAGAGAAGAGGACAGAAAGUGUCACAGCACCUUAUUCUGCUGCUGUUCUGUUCUUCACCUUUACCCUUUAAUGCUAAAGAUGAAGGUGACAGAGUCCAGCAGCAGCAGCAGCGUUCCACCUCCUGCUGCUAUCCAGCUUUUGUUUUAAAGAGACAUGCGGCACCGUGCUGGACAGGCCAGUCGGCGAGGGGAAAAGCAGAUGGAAAAAGCAGCAGCAGACUCUUUAUCUUCCCGGAACGUGUUUUCAGCCUUGUGGGUUUUUGAAAGUCCCACAAAACAAAAUAGUUAGGCGGAGAAGUCAAAUGAUAGUUCACUUUUUCAGGACAGCACCACAUUUGGUACAGACAUAGUACAUGACCAUACAAUUGAUUU